CCACCUUUUGCACCCUACAGCUACCACAGCACCCACGACAAUGACCCCACCAACAAUUUACACCCCAUCGGCACUUCCGUCAUAUUUACCCUCACCCAUGGACUAUCUUCUACUCCGUAUGCUGCUCAAAAGCAUUUCUCCUCCUGUUUCUACCCUAACCUCUUGAUCGAGUCCUUUUGAAGCCACCAAGUAAACAUGUCUGACACCGUGGGAAAGACCAUUACGUGCAAGGGUGCUGUCGCCUGGGAGGCUGGCAAAGACCUUUCCAUUGAAGACAUCGAAGUUGCUCCACCUCGAGCACACGAAGUCCGGAUCAAGAUUCUAUACACUGGUGUCUGCCAUACUGAUGCAUACACUCUGUCUGGCAAGGACCCUGAGGGUGCCUUCCCCGUCGUCCUUGGUCACGAGGGUGCUGGUAUCGUGGAGUCGGUAGGCGAGGGCGUCACCAACGUCAAGCCUGGUGACCACGUCGUUGCCCUUUAUACACCGGAAUGCAAAGAAUGCAAAUUCUGCAAGUCUGGCAAGACCAACCUUUGUGGAAAGAUCAGAGCCACCCAAGGCAAGGGCGUUCUGCCAGACGGAACCAGUCGAUUCAAGUGCAAGGGCAAGGACUUGCUCCAUUUCAUGGGAACAUCGACUUUCAUCCAAUACACUGUUGUUGCAGAUAUCUCUGUCGUCGCCAUCACCGACAAGGCUCCGUUGGACCGAGCAUGCCUGCUUGGUUGUGGAAUCACCACCGGUUAUGGUGCGGCCACCAUUACCGCCAAUGUUGAAAAGGGCUCCAACGUCGCCAUCUUCGGUGCGGGCUGUGUCGGCCUCUCCGUCAUCCAAGGUGCCGUUAAAAAUGGUGCGGCCCGAAUCAUCGUCGUGGACGUCAAUGACAAGAAGGAGGAAUGGGCAAAGCAGUUUGGUGGUACCGAAUUUGUCAACCCCACCAAGCUCAAUGGCAAGAGCAUCCAGGAACAUCUCGUCGAAAUUACCGAUGGAGGUCUUGACUAUACCUUUGACUGCACCGGUAACGUGGGAGUGAUGCGAGCUGCGCUUGAGGCUUGCCACAAGGGCUGGGGACAGUCAAUCAUCAUUGGUGUUGCCCCUGCUGGUGCUGAAAUCUCCACCAGACCAUUCCAGCUCGUCACCGGCCGUGUCUGGAGAGGCUGUGCCUUUGGAGGAGUCAAGGGUCGCACCCAGCUCCCGGGACUGGUCCAAGAUUACCUAGAUGGCCAACUUAAAGGUUUGUUGGGCCGGCCUCGAUGGCGCAAUGCAUGCUAACGACGAGUCAGUGGACGAGUUCAUCACACAUCGACAGCCUCUCGACAAGAUCAACGAAGCUUUCCAUGACAUGCAUGCAGGAGACUGCAUCCGCUGUGUUGUUGACUUGGGAUCGAAUUGACUACACUCGGACCCAACAACGUUUCCGAAGCUGUAAGCGAUGGGGGCAUAAUGGCUGUGACCAAUAUGGAAAAUCUUUGCUUGUUGGCCACGAUUUUUGCAAAAGAUCGCGCAAAUUGUGUCGUGCAUUUCCAUAUGCGGUGCAAAGCCCCAAAAAGUAAAUACCCAAUAUCAUGAACAUCAAACACGUCCUGUCUCUUGAUAGUCGCAGCCUAUCACAUGAAAUCCGAAGGCUUCGUUCUGACAACUUGUAGACGUUUAAUGCGUCCAUCAGACAAUGAAACGGUUGUGCUC